AUGAGGAAAAAGACCCACGAUCUGGACCCGCUAGCGGCGAAAACAGCCGACCAAAGAGCCAGGUAUGGGAUUGGCUUUGGUCCACCCGACGACUCCCUACAGACGUACCUACGCAAGAUCGAAGUUCGAGCGCCUGGAUUGAUUGACCAGGAUGCUCGUCAACUCUCACUCUAG